CACGCAAGGCUUUACGGUUCGGUUCGUACUUGUUGCUAGAAGAGGCGUAUUUUUAUUUUCGAUAUCGUGUACAAAACUAGAAUAAGAACGGUUAUCGUUUGAUGAUAAUUAUCUCUCGGAAAAAUCAGAUAUAGACAUUCUGUAAGAUGCGGCUAAGUCCGAUAGAUCCUAGCUCGUACUCAAAUGCACAUGAACUUAUUAUAUAUCAUGUGGAUUUAGAUUGGAAGGUCAAUUUUGACAAAUCGACACUCUCGGGAAGCGCAACACUACAUUUCAAGACUGUAAGGAACGAUGUAGAAGAAAUUUUCUUAGACACCAGUGAACUUAAAAUUGCCUCAGUCGCUGCGUCUUCUUCCGGCGGAGAAAUACCACUGAGCUGGGAUGUUGGAACACACAUAGAGAACAUUGGUUCGAAACUGACCAUUUAUCUUCCCACAAAGACGACAGGAGAAAUUAGCGUGAUUAUCCAGUAUGAAACUGACCCGAAGGCGAGUGCUCUCCAGUGGCUAACAGCCCAGCAGACUUGUGGCAAACAAUAUCCUUAUCUUUUCAGCCAAUGUCAGGCCAUUCACGCCCGUUCAAUCGUGCCUUGUCAAGAUACACCGGCUGUUAAAUUUACCUACAAUGCAACGUUACGACACCCAUCUUAUGUAACAGGGCUUAUGAGCGCCGUUAAAAAGGCAUCAGAACCUGGGUUAUCUAAAUUUGAACAAAAAAUUGCCAUUCCAAGCUAUCUAUUGGCGAUUGUAGUUGGCGCAUUAGUGGAGAAAGAGAUUGGUCCAAUCUCCAGCGUAUGGGCGGAACAGGAACAGAUAAAUGAAUCGGCCGAGGAGUUUUCUCAAACUGCCGAUUUUAUCGCUAAAGCAGAGGAAAUAUGCGGACCUUAUGUGUGGGGUCGCUAUGACCUGUUGGUGAUGCCUCCAAGCUUUCCAUUCGGCGGUAUGGAGAACCCAUGUCUGACUUUUGUUACGCCGACACUUCUCGCCGGUGAUAAAUCGUUGGCUACGGUUGUGGCGCAUGAAAUCGCUCACAGUUGGACGGGCAAUUUAGUCACGAAUAGAAAUUUUGAACAUUUUUGGUUGAAUGAAGGGUUUACUGUUUUCGUUGAGGGAAAAAUUGUGGGACGUUUAUUUGGAAGUGCCGCACGGGAUUUGCACGCGCUCCACCAGCUAAGCGAGCUCACAGAUUGCAUAAAAACGCAGCUUGCCGACACGCCGGAGUUAACCAAGCUGGUGGUUGAUCUUAGCGAAUGUAGUCCAGAUGAUGCAUUUUCGAGCGUACCGUACGUAAAAGGUUCGACAUUUUUGCGCUAUUUAGAGGAUCUAUUUGGUGGACCGGAAAAGUUUGAGCCUUUCUUCCGUAAUUAUUUGGACAAAUUUAAAUACCAGUCUGUACUGACCGAAGAUUUCAAGAAAGCUUUGUAUAAUUGGUUCCGUGAAAAUCCCAAUAAUGAUGUGCUUCUAGAACGAAUCGACUGGGAUCAGUGGUUGUUUGGCGAGGGAAUGCCUCCGGUAAUUCCGAACUACGAUCGCUCCCAGUUGAACGCUUGCAACAAUCAUUGCUCUUUGUGGGCAGAACAAGGAGUUGAGGUCAUCAGAGCAUCCCCAUUACUAUCUGAACAGUUGACUAGUGUACAAACCAUAGAAUUUUUGGCACAAUUGCUGGCAAAGAAAACGAUCAAAGAGCUAAAUGCAGAGAAAAUUGAACUGCUAGAAAAAGCCUAUGGUAUUGAUGGCACGAAAAACGCGGAAAUACGAUUCCGAGUCGUCCGGUUGUACAUUCGCGCUAAGCUAAUGGACAAAAUGAAUAAGAUUUUAAGCUUCCUGAAUAGCAAUUUCCGCAUGAAAUUCGUUCGCUCCAUUUAUAAGGAACUUGCCAUGUGGCCAGAAGCAAAACCUAUCGCUGUUGAAAAUUUCUAUAAGGUUAAAGACCAGAUGAUGUCAGUUUGCGCUUACGGAGUAUCUAAAGAUUUGGAUAUUUAACCUUUGAUAUUUCUCCACCGGAUGAGUUUUUUACCGCAGAAUGUUUAGAAAAUAUACGAAUAUCAAUAGGAAAAACAUGUAUUAGUUUUGUAUGUGGCAUUUUUCUUUUCAUUAAAUAAAAACUACCUAAUUA